AUGACUGCGUCACCAGCAUUGAACGUGAGUAGCAGGGUCCAAGACAGGUGCCGCAAUUGCCCCCAUCGCGGCAAGUGGAUAGAUUUGAAGCUGCAUUAGCUGACCAGCUCGGCAUCCUUCCCACUCCCUCUACAACUGUUCUCCCACCUACUUCCGUCAACCUUCGACACCAAUGUCGAUCCUUCUCCACCAAUGUUGGCCUGAUUUGGAUGACAGGUUGCACGAUACGGCGCCUUGAUCGGUGGGAUCGGAUACGGUAUUGUGCACAAGCGAACACUGCAAAAGAGAGAAGAUCAAAGAGCAGUGCAAGCGGAGUUGAAGCAUCUCAGAGAGUCUCAAUCCAAGGCGGAGAAGGAGAAGGACGCUGCUAUCUUGGCGAGCAUCAGAGGUGGUGGAGGUGAGUGUCGAGCUUUGGGUAGUGAGAUGGCCAGGAUUGGAACGAGUAUCAAACGGCGCUUCGUCGAAUCAGGCCCUCUCGCGGCAUAAAGGUUCGAUGCACGCGGUACAGCUAAGGAAGCACAGCCAAAGCAACGCGAGGCACGGUUCUGGUGGCAGUCGGUCGAGCGGCGCAUCUCAAGUGAUGCUCAGCCGACUCAGCACGAAGGCGAAAGCGAAGUCUUCUUCGCAGGUACAGGUGGUCCCAUCCGGUUUCUUCCAAGGAGCAAGGGAGGGCGCAAGCAUCAGAGCGGCGCACAUUUCUACAGUGUGGCGGCUCCAUGGCUACCUUUCUGACAUGCUGUAUGCUCCUUCGAUUCAUCGUACAGUCGUGUCGGACCCAGACAGCCCCAGCUUCGAUUUGGAAAAGUACCUCUCUUCCCUGGAGAAGUAA